UGGAUCAUAAAUCAGUUAUCAAUCCAUGGCUAAUCCCAAUAAACCAUGAAAUUAAAAAGAUAAUACUUAUAAUUGAGUAUCAUUUGAAUCAGCGCAAAAUGAUUUUUCACGUUGCAUUUGUUGUGACAACAUUCAUACAAAUAAAUAAUAUUAUAUGUGAGUUAUCAAACUCGAAAAAUGAUAAUAAUAUUUGGAAUAACUACUAUUUAAGAACAAACGCAGACGAUAAGGUUGAUUUCCAAAAUGGUGUAGAUUCAAAGGCAAAAAUGAAAGACGAUGACCAUGUAAAAUAUACAUAUUUAACUAGAUAUGAAUAUCUGGAAGCCAAAAAGAAUAAAAGAGACUCAAUAAGAGAAGAACCAAUAGUUAAACGUUUUGCGAUAAAGAAUAAAAAUGGCGAAAUCGAACAGGUGAUGAUACGUUAUUUUAGUGAUAAAAGAGAUGCUGUUAUUAAUGAUAAAAACCAAUUAAUUGAAGAUAGUCCACUUAUAGUUCGUUUCUAUAAAGACGUGAAUUUUGAUAGACUCGAAAAACCGAAAUUAAAUCAAAUUGUGCCAAUGAAUGGAAAUCUGCGUGGUCAAAAGGACAAAAUGGCAUUUAUUUUUCCGGUAUUUUUAGCCAAAUUUGGUUGGAUGGCAAUUGAAGGUUUGUUUUAUGGUGCUGUCUCUAAGGGCGUUGAAGAAGGAAUCAAAGAAGGCAUUAAAGUUGCAAAAGAUAAAUUUGGUUAAAAUAAAUGUGUAACACAGGC